AUGCCCAUGAUUGACUCAAUCCUUAAUCGCAGAAAAAUGACCAUCGUAUUGGAUAUAUAUAUUGAUAAUUCGUCUCCACAUCAUCAUUUACUUUUUGAAGAACAGGAUGUUAAAAAAGAA